UGUAUUCUGUCUCUUUCCUCUUCAAUUCUACUCAACAUUCCGGCGGCAAAAGCUCAAAAUUACACUCUCCAAUUUGCCAGUAUCCGCUCUAUUUCCACCGUCUGCGGCGACCUCCAACUCUACACCGUCAUAGCUUAACCGUACAAUUGUACAUCUCCGAUGUACAGAGACGUUUACCCUCAACUACAAGGUCCUAUAUAGGGACAUGACAUAUGCCACCUCGUUUAUAUCUUCUAAAGCUUUAUAUUUUGGUGCUUUAGCUGCAAGGAGGUCGUUGAAUUUGCGAUUAAAUUGUCCUCGGAAGUGUUCGGUUAGGUCAAUUAGGAUGGAAAGUGAUCAUAGUAAUAGUAAUACAAAGGCUGAAAAUUGUGAUUCAAGAGGUGCAUUUAUUGUUCUAGAAGGGCUGGAUCGCAGUGGAAAGACUUCGCAAUGUAGCCGCUUAGUUGCUUACUUGGAGGGACUUGGUCAUCAGACGGAACUAUGGCGCUUUCCUGAUAGAACUACUACUAUUGGUGAGAUGAUAUCUGCUUAUCUUUCGAAUCAAUCUCAGUUGGAUGAUCACACUAUCCAUCUCCUAUAUAGUGCCAAUCGGUGGGAAAAGAGCUCAUUGAUGGAAGCUAAACUGAAAAGCGGAACCACUCUCAUUGUUGAUCGCUACUCUUACUCUGGAGUUGCUUUUUCAGCUGCCAAAGGUCUUAAUUUUGAAUGGUGUAAGGCUCCAGAGAUUGGGCUGCUGGCUCCAGAUCUGGUAUUGUACCUUGACAUACCACCUGAGAAAGCUGCUGAAAGAGGAGGUUAUGGAGGUGAAAGAUACGAGAAACUCGAGUUUCAGAAGAAAGUUGCCGAAUGCUAUCAGACUCUGUGUGAUUCCUCGUGGAAGCUUGUGGAUGCAUGCCGAAACAUGGAAGAGGUUCAAAAUCAACUGCGCAAAAUUGUCUUGGAUCAAGUUAUGACAUCUAAAAAGGGGAGACCUCUUUCUCGCCUCUGGCAAAGAUAAUGGUUAAAAUCAAGAAGGAUUUUACAGUCUUUUAAAUAUAAUUAGCAUCGGAUAAUUGCUCAUACGUCACUGUUCUUUGUUGAAAACAAUUCCCCAACUCGUAUGAUUUGAUUUUUCUGUAUGCAUGGUUCUCUGAUUUAUGAGCAACUAAGAAGAACUACAAACAGCACUAGAUUUUGAACCUAUAAAUUUCAAAUGUCUCAAAUUAGUUUUC